AUGGACGACCUCCACAACACUUCACUUGACCUUCAGGAGCGACCUCAAGCUCCGACUGAAGAACAUUUGCAGCUGCGUGAACAAAAUGAACGCCUUUGCACCAAAGUGGGCUACCUGGAGAGCAGACUGGGCUACCUGGCCAGCUCCAACACGGACCUGUCCUGCAGGCUGGUCCAGAGCGAAGAGGCCAAACUGAAGCUGUCGAAGGAACUCGUGGAGGAGAAGAUCCAGACCAACGGGAUGAGGGAGCAGUUUGCAGAAGAGACGUUUGAGCUGAAGAACAAGAUAUUGACCCAAGCCAGUGUCCUGACACAGCUCGAGAUGCAACGAGACAACUUGUCCAGGGAACUCCAGUCUGCAGAGGCGCUUCUGAAAAUGGGAGAGAAGAGCGGCCGGGAGCUGAGCGAGGAGCACGGCGCGCUGAAGAACAACUACCGGUCUCUGGCCGAGGCCCACGGCGAGGAGCUGGCCCAGAGCGGCCGGCUGAGCGCCGAGCUGCUGGCGCUGGCCCGGGCGCAGGACGACCUCCGCAGGCGGCUGGAGGAGCAGCAGCGGAGCGUGAGGACGAGCAGCCGGGACCUUCACCGGGAGCUGGACAGGGUGAAGCUCUUCAUCAGCCGCGUGGCACACAGCGGAGUCAAGCUUGAGGAUCUGGCAGCUUUGGACAAAGAGCAAAAAAACAUGGAAACAACACUGCUCGGGAACCAAGAGGAGAUCAAAGACAUGCUGGAGAAGAUGAAGAAGAGCUACGAGGAGCAGCAGAAGAAACUGGAGCAGAAAGUGGUGUCGAUGGCUAAAGAGCAUCAGGAGAACAAGAGGGCCCUCCAUAACCGCCAGCGGGAACUCUCCGAGCAGAGUGCGGCCCUGAGGUGCUGCCAGAGCCGAGUGAGGGAGGCAGAAGAGGAGAACUCGAAGCUGCAGCUUCACGUCAAAGAGCUGAAUGAGGAAUACCGGGCGAGGCUGGUGUGCUACUUACGGGAUUUAGCCGAGUACAUCGAUGGACCUGCAGGCGGUCGAGGCCGCUCAGAGGCCUCUGAGACGAGGGCCCACGUGGACGGCAUGCUGCAGGAGGUCCGCUCCUCCUACCGGCUCAGGGAGCAGCAGCUCGCCCACGCCGCGCGCUCCUACAAGAAGAGACUGCAGACGCUCGCCAAGGCCCACGAAGCUCUUCUUGUUGCCUACGGGGUUCAGAGGGACCAGAUCUUAAGCCAAACGGAGUGCGGUCUUGACCCCGGACCCCCCGAAGCCAGCUUCAGCCUGGAGCCCUCCGAGCUCGGAGAGGAACCUGAGAAGGAGCUCCGUCAGCUCCGCCGGGACGAGGCGAGGCUGGAGGAGCGUCGGCUGCAGGCGGCCAGGAAGCAGGGCGCACAAAAGAAAGAUGGCUGCUUUGAAGUGGCUGUCCUCAAAAUGCCCGUGCAGAAUGUAAGCCGCCAGGAGCCGGCAUGCGAGGAAUCCUGGCCCGACGUGAAGAAGCAGCUGAGGGAGAUGGCCGACUCAACGCGGGUGGGCUUUGAGAGGGAACGCGCGCUCCUCCUCACCAGGGCAGCGGUUGCGGAGGCGCAGGUGUGGGAGUUGCAGGACUACGUCGACAACCACCUGGGCAGGUACCAGGAGGAGGUCACGCGCCUCUGCAGACGCCCCGCGGCCGCGCGCUCGCACAGCGCUCAUCCAUCACUGCAUUGAGGAAAAGGCUCCAGGAAGUCUGAACUCCAGUCAUUUAGAAGUUAAUAUCACAUUUUAGCGUCUUUUAAGUUAAACCUCAUACUUAAAAAUGUCUGACAACGAAUGAAAAUGUAUUUCGAAACUUUUAUAUCAGUGAAAUUCAACACAACCCAGGGAUUGAAUGCUAGUUUCGAAGGGGAUACUGAUUAUAACACAUGCAUGCUGUGCAUUUGACCACCACUAGUUGGCGCUGCUCAUACUGGAGCUGUUCUCCAUGAAAGGCCCCUCAAAGAAAUCCGGCCUUGAGAAAAAAAUGCUUGGAAUGUUUGUAAAGCUUAUGUCAAUUUCACGAGCUGGAGAGAAGAAAGCGUGGAGACAAUGAGGGGUCGCCGGGGAGAAUAAUGUCAUCACAUGUUACCCAGACGCACACCGUGAACACUUUCCCUCAUGGCUGGGAACUCCGGGGCAAACGAGGCUUUUUAUUUAUAGAAGGUUCAUUUGUAUAACCUUCGUGUAUGAAUAGUCAUGUAUUCCCUUUACACCCUCGAACUGUGAAAGGCUCUGCAUUUCUUUAUGGUGUUUUUUGGUAGCCGGGUUUUCUUCUAUAGUGCCACAGCUGGCAUAACUCAUUCUGUUUGUGGGGAAAUAAAUACUUAAAAAAUGUCA